AUGGGCUACCAGGACCACAGGGGCCACCAGGAGGUAAAGGACAUCCUGGAGAACCAGGACCUCCUGGGCCAGCUGGGGAGGGAGGGACGCCUGGUCCACCAGGUCAAGCUGGUCAAGGAAAACCAGGUCAAAAUGGCCCACCAGGACAACCAGGUAUGCCAGGAGGAAAAGGUCAUCCAGGCCCACCAGGUUUGCCAGGAAAACCAGGACUACCUGGAUUUGGUAAACCAGGACUCCCAGGACCAAAGGGUGAUAAGGGUAUGGGUGGGCCACCAGGACCUCCAGGACCUAAAGGGGAUAAGGGUCAUGGUGGAUUACCUGGAAUUCUUGGACCCCCUGGACCAAAUGGUCAACCUGGUCUUCCUGGACCUAUGGGACCCCCAGGAGGUAUGGGUGUACCUGGCCCAAAAGGAGACUGUGGAGAUGGGGGGCCUAAAGGGUUUGAUGGGGCCAAAGGGGAUCCUGGUCAUCCAGGACUGCCUGGGCCAAGUGGUCCCAAAGGAGAUGAGGGCCACAAAGGUCUACCUGGCAUGCCUGGUCCUCCAGGGGCUCCUGGUGCAAAAGGACAAGGUGGACUGCCUGGCAAUUUGGGGCCACAAGGUCCUAAAGGAAUUCCAGGACUGGAUGGGGCAGCAGGACCAAUUGGACCCCCUGGUCUUCCUGGGCCUAAAGGAGAUAAUGGUCCUCCUGGUGCACCAGGGAUUGCAGCUAAUGGGAAUCCAGGUCAACCUGGUCCAACAGGACCUCCAGGAAAAGAGGGACCAUCUGGACCCCCUGGACAGUCUGGUCAGCCUGGCCCUCCUGGUCUACCAGGACCACCAGGUGUACCUGGUUUCUCUCCUGAAAUGGCUGGAGUCCUCUCUGAAAUGGGCCCAGGGCUAG